UGAGAUGUGCAUAUUUCUGAUCUCAGCUAACGGCCACCUGAUUGAGAGAUAGAGAUGUGGGAGAGAGACAUUGAGAUAAAGACACCGAGAGAGAUAGAGAGAGAGGUAGAGAGAAAUACAUUGAGAGGGAGAUCACGUUUGGAAAGAGAGAGGGGGAGUGCACAGUUUGUACAUUUACAUCUUUUUGGUGGUACAUUUUUUUCUCAAAAAGCAGGAAGCUGAGAAAAGCUCACGAACCGAGACAAGCAGGAAACAGACCUUCCGAAACGACGCGUCAUGGCAACGUAGUUCAGAGUCGAAACAAGAAGCCCGAAACUCAGAACAAAAAUCGAGAAGUAAAAAAAAAAAACAAGAACAAAAAACUAUAACAAAUACAUUAAAACACUCCUAAAAUCCUUCAAACGUAGGUGAAACAAGAAGGGGCGCAGAAGAAGCAGCUGGAUGACAAAGCAGACCUCCAGCGGGCCGACUACAGGGAUGAGACGAGGCCCGGUGCUCUCCCGGUUCAUCCUGCUCUGCACCGUCACAGGCCUGGCUUCCUGCGACGUUCAGGUGUCCUACAGGCGGGAGCGGGGAGUCCUGGAGGUGACCUGCUGCCUGCGAGGAGACCCCAACGCCACGCUGACCCAGGUCAACUGGGUUUUUAACCGUGGGCCGUCCAACCAGUCCAACCUGGGUGUGUUCCACCCGGACCAUGGCGCCCACGUCCCCCCGGAGUACGUAGACAGGGUGGGGGUCCAAGGCAGCGUGGCGGACCGCAGCUCCACCCUCCGCCUGCUGGGGGGCGCUGUAGAAGAGGAGGAGGGGGGGGUGUGUUGCGUCUUCAACGCCUUCCCAGUGGGGGUGUUGGAGGGCUGCGCGGACACGGUUGCUAUGGCUGCCGCUCAGGAGGGGGAUCUUUCUGAGGAAGCACAGAUCAGAGAAGUGGAGCGAUGGGCCCUGCUGAUUGGAGGAGCUCUGCUUUGUUUCCUGUCUAUCACCACGUCCAUUUACUUACUCUGCAAGAACUGCUAUAGACACUGCUGUAGAAGAAGGAAAGUGUUUGAGGUGCACACCUGUUUAAGUGACCUGCAUGCACAAUCUGAGGACAUCCUAGUGGAGUCUCCCGCUGGGUCCCAUCCCUGCCCUCCCCUCCCCCCAGCGCCACCCCAACCCCGAGGAUUUGACCCCUCCAAGCUCUACGCCAAGAUUAAGCUGGACCUUCUGUACGGCAGGCUGUGGAGGUCCUACCAGGGCACCUCCAGGGCCCGGACCAUGGACCCCCCAGGCCCCCCGGGCCCCCAGCAGCCCCCCAGCCCGCCACAGGCUCACCCAGAGCAGGUAUACUCUGUCCUCGCCCAGCCUCGACCCUUGACCCAGGAAGAGGUCACAGAACCGAGCCUGGAGGAGAGGUCAGACGUCACCUCAGAGCCCACGACCUCGGAACAGGCUCAGGGGUCGGAGGUCACGACAAGCAGCUCUGCGAAACACCCAGAGGAACAGCAUGCCUGUGACGAUGUCACAAUGACAUGAUUCCGGCACAUUCUUAACCCUUGUGCUGCCUUCGGGUCACAUGACCCAAAGGUUCAUAACGAACCAUCGUUGUGUUUACCCAAUUUUACCCAAUACAAAAACAAAUACAAAUAAUUUUCUUUUAACCAUCGCAAUGUGGGGGGUCUGAGACAGCCCAACAGUUAAAAGAAAAUGCUUCACUUUGUUUUUGUAUGCGGUAAAGUUGUCGCAAUACGACGGUGGGUCACAACGACUGAUGGGUCAGAAUGACCCGAAGAUCACACAAGGGUUAAAAGCGUUAACCAGUUCUGGUACACAAACGGCAUUAAUUGUCAGUGCUAGAGGAUGAUUUUGGAGGACGUAAUGAUUGUCUCCAGAGAGAAGUGUGUGGGAGUGUGGGUUUUGUGGUGGAUGAAGACAGAAGAAGUGGUCCUUUAACCUUGGUGUGUUUUUGUCAAUAUUAUUUUAAGCAGAAACCCAGUAGGGUAUUUGGCAUGCUCUGUUUUUAGCACUGUAAAUGUAAGCAAUGUAAAUAUUAACAGCUUAAACUACUUAGCAGCCCACGUGGUCUGUGUUUGCGUUUUGGUAUGUAAAUACAAAGUAUUAACAGUUAUUUUAUCUGUACAUCUAACAGUUCUACCUAUUUUGCACCAUGGAAGAUGUUUUAACAUUGUAUUUGAGACGUUUAAAAUGGAAUAUAAUGUAAUGUAGUUAUUCAAUAGUCAUUUCUGUAAAUAGGAAUGUUUUUAGUGAAAUAAACUUGAACGAACCAACAAA